AUGUGCUAUCAGGUGGUCGAACUUUACGCGGUGUGCAAGUGCCUCUACUACCAGCACGCUGUUGAUCGGUGCGCGGCAUAUGGGCAACCCGGCCAUUCUCCUCAUAAGAAGGAGGUUUUGGUAGGACACUCUUGCGGCAUUCACUCGCGCCGUAGCGGACAUUCCUACGGCGCAUCACAC